AUGUCGAGGAUCGGGCGCGUCCCGGUCAAGCUGCCCGAGGCGGUCAGCGUCCGGGCGUUCGGCACGCCGCACCGCGUGGUCGUGAACGGCCCCCUGGGCGAGAUCGCCGUCCCGGUGCACUCGUUCGUGGACGUGGCGCAGCCGGACGCCGAGACGCUGCAAGUCAGCGCAAAGUGCGGCGGCACGACACGGCUGGGCAAGACGAUGUGGGGGACGACAAAGUCGUACAUCGCCAACGCCGUGCGCGGCGUCUCGCAGGGCUUCCGCAAGGACCUCGAGCUGCAGGGCGUCGGCUUCCGCGCGCGGAUCGAAAAGGCGGACGGCGCCCUGUACCCGGUCGAGACGCUGGUGCUGCGGCUGGGCUUCACCAACGAGCUGCAGCUGCCCGUCCCGCCGGGCAUCGAGAUCUCGUGCCCGACGCAGACCACGAUCGCCGUCUUUGGCUUCCGCAAGCGGCAGGUCGGGAUGGUGGCGGCGCAGAUCCGGAGGUUCCGCCCGCCCGACGCGUACAAGGGCAAGGGCGUGCGCUACGUGGACGAGGUGGUGCGGCUGAAGCCGGGCAAGCGGCGGUAG